UUUUAACCCAAAGAACAUUUUUCAGGUAGAUCUCGAUUCUCUAACUUCAGCAUUUUCCUUUCCAUCUAUCUUCCUCUGUUUCUGAAAUUCCAUCUCCAAAAUCUGCAAUCUUCAUCAAUACUGCCCUUAAUUCAACUCUGUAAUUACCAUUCUAUCCCGCUUUACUUAAAGACAAGCUUUUCACCGGUGAAAACGCCGGCGUUUCAUCAGUUCUACGCUCAUCGUAACAGUCCCUAAUUUAGGGUUCCAGAUCUCUGCCAUGCGUUCUUUGCUCUUCCCUCUCUUUCCCUAACCAAACCAAUCACAAUUGCAAGCGAUGUCUCGGUAUUGGAAUUGAAAAUUUUCUGCUACAGUUUAUUCUCUCUAUUCAUUUUUCUUUUAGAAAAAUUAUUCGGUGGAUAUGUCGGUGGUGCCGGGGAAAUCGUCGUAUAGGGAUCGGACGCAAGAGUUUUUGAGCGUAGCGGAGAGGCUAAAGAAGUCAUUCUCGUCGGCGAACAAUGCAGCGGCAUCUAGCAGUAGUAACAACAGUGCGAAGUCCGACGCGACGCGAUCUGUGGUGGCGAUUCAAUCGGAGUUCAAUAAACGAGCGUCGAAGAUAGGAUUUGGGAUCCAUCAGACCUCGCAGAAGCUCGCGAAACUUGCCAAAUUGGCAAAGAGGACAUCCGUGUUUGAUGAUCCAACUACGGAGAUCCAAGAACUUACUGCAGUUAUAAAGCAAGAUAUUACCGCGCUUAAUGCAGCUGUCGUAGACCUCCAAUUCCUUUGCAAUUCCCAGAAUGAAAGUGGAAACAUCUCAAGUGACACCACAACUCAUUCAACCACUGUUGUUGAUAACUUGAAGAACCGGCUGAUGAGCGCUACAAAAGAGUUUAAAGAAGUCCUUACAAUGAGGACAGAGAAUCUAAAGGUUCAUGAGAACAGAAGGCAAUUGUUUUCUUCAACUGCUUCGAAAGAUUCUACAAAUCCCUUUGUCCGACAGCGUCCACUGGCUUCCAGAUCUACUGCUAAUGCAUCUCCAUCUCCUCCUCCGUGGGUCAGUGGUUCUACUUCUUCAUCUCAGUUAUUUCCGAGCAAGCAAACAGGUGUUGAGUCGCAGCCACUUUUGCAGCAGCAGCAGCAUCAACAGCAAGAGCUGAUGGUUCCACUGCAAGACAGUUACAUGCAGAGUAGAGCUGAGGCUUUGCACAAUGUGGAGUCGACAAUUCAUGAGUUGAGCAGCAUCUUUACACAACUAGCAACCAUGGUUUCACAGCAAGGAGAGCUUGCAAUCAGGAUUGAUGAGAACAUGGAUGAGACACUGUCAAAUGUAGAAGGUGCACAGGGCCAACUGGUUAGGUAUCUUAACAGUAUUUCAUCCAAUCGAUGGCUGAUGAUCAAGAUAUUCUUUGUAUUGAUUGUAUUCCUCAUGAUUUUCUUGUUUUUUGUGGCGUAAUAAUAUACUAGAGAUUGGAAAAUAAAGGACCAGGUCAAUUUUCCCCACGUUUAUACCUCUUCAAUAGUUUGAGCCUAUUCUGUUAUUUUUCCCCUAAAUUUGAGAAUGUAAAGAGUGUCUUGUACUUAUAUGAUGAAAUAUAGGUCAAAGGGGCCUUGACAAUUUUUGGCGUAAAACUCGUAUUAAUUUAUUGAAGGAAUCGACCUUGUGUC